AGAUGCAUUGUGAGAGGUUUCUGUGCAUCCUGAGGAUAAUCGGAACCACGCUUUUUGGAGUCUCCCUCCUCCUUGGAAUCACAGCUGCGUAUAUCGUCGGCUACCAGUUCGUCCAGACAGACAACUACUACUUCUCCUUCGGGCUGUACGGCGCCUUCCUAGCAUCUCACCUCGUCAUCCAGAGCCUGUUUGCCUUCCUGGAGCACCGGAAGAUGAAGAAGUCCCUGGAGACGCCCAUCAAGCUGAACAAGACCGUGGCCCUUUGCAUCGCUGCCUACCAGGAGGACCCCGACUACCUGCGGAAGUGCCUGCAGUCUGUGAAGAGGCUGACCUACCCCGGGAUCAAGGUCGUCAUGGUCAUCGACGGGAACUCGGAGGACGACCUCUACAUGAUGGACAUCUUCAGCGAGGUCAUGGGCAGGGACAAGGCCGCCACCUAUGUCUGGAAGAACAACUUCCACGAGAAGGGGCCCGGGGAGACGGAGGAGUCGCACCGAGAGAGCGCGCAGCUCGUCACCCAGCUGGUCUUGUCCAACAAGAGCGUCUGCGUCAUGCAGAAGUGGGGUGGAAAGAGAGAGGUCAUGUACACGGCCUUCCGAGCCCUGGGACGCAGCGUGGACUACGUACAGGUGUGUGACUCGGACACCAUGCUGGACCCUGCCUCGUCUGUGGAGAUGGUGAAAGUUCUCGAAGAAGACCCCAUGGUCGGGGGUGUCGGAGGAGACGUCCAGAUUUUAAACAAGUAUGACUCCUGGAUCUCGUUCCUGAGCAGCGUGCGGUACUGGAUGGCUUUCAACAUAGAACGGGCCUGCCAGUCGUAUUUCGGGUGUGUCCAGUGCAUCAGCGGACCCCUGGGGAUGUACAGAAACAGCUUGCUGCACGAAUUUGUGGAAGACUGGUACAACCAGGAGUUCAUGGGCAACCAGUGCAGCUUUGGAGACGACCGGCAUCUCACGAACCGAGUGCUAAGCCUGGGCUACGCCACCAAGUACACAGCUCGCUCCAAGUGCCUUACGGAAACCCCGAUCGAGUAUCUCAGAUGGCUGAACCAGCAGACCCGCUGGAGCAAGUCCUACUUCCGGGAAUGGCUGUACAACGCCAUGUGGUUUCACAAGCAUCACUUGUGGAUGACCUACGAGGCGGUCAUCACCGGAUUCUUCCCUUUCUUUCUCAUCGCCACAGUGAUCCAGCUCUUCUACCGGGGCAAAAUCUGGAACAUCCUCCUCUUCCUGCUAACUGUCCAGCUAGUAGGUCUCAUCAAAUCGUCGUUUGCCAGCUGCCUUAGAGGAAAUAUCGUCAUGGUCUUCAUGUCCCUCUACUCCGUGUUGUACAUGUCCAGUUUGCUUCCUGCCAAGAUGUUUGCCAUCGCAACAAUAAACAAGGCUGGGUGGGGCACGUCAGGAAGGAAAACCAUCGUGGUGAAUUUCAUAGGACUCAUUCCGGUGUCAGUUUGGUUUACGAUCCUCUUGGGCGGUGUGAUUUUCACCAUUUAUAAGGAAUCCAAGAGGCCGUUUUCAGAGUCCAAGCAGACAGUUCUGAUUGUUGGAACGUUGCUCUAUGCGUGCUACUGGGUUAUGCUUUUGACACUGUAUGUGGUUCUCAUCAACAAGUGUGGCAGGCGGAAGAAGGGACAGCAGUAUGACAUGGUGCUUGACGUAUGAUCCUCUGUGGCGUCACGGACGCAGUCACACACACACACACCUAGUUCCACUGGGGCCGUUCAGUAUUGUGGCAUCAGAUGACGCCACCAAAGGAGACAUAUCACUGCUGCUGGGACUUGAACAAAGACGUUUCUAUGGGUCUAUUUUCAUUCUGCCAAAGUAAAACGAUCCAUCAGUGAGAAGAAACUCAGAUUUAGCCUGUCAUGUCUAUGAAAAUGGGUUGAACUCUUUGUUUAUGCACUUUCUCCUUACUGUGCAUGCGCCUGAAAGUGUUCUGCCCAAUAUACCUCACUAGCCAUGCUUUAUGUGGGUUACGGAAGAAAAGGAUUUGGAAACUCAAGGAAAAGUUCUUUCCACCUAGCCAACCUAAUUUAUGGACUGCUGGGAUAGAUGGUCUUUUAGGAAGGAUGUCCUUUUUUGACUUUGCCAAAUGAAAUGCCAAAGGAGACUUCAAAGGCCGUUGGCUGUGCUGUCUUUUGAUGUAAUUGUACUGUGUUUUUAAAUUUUGUAUGCCCAUUUUUAAAACAAAUUUUGCAUAUUCUAUAUUUUACUGCUCUGCAAAAAAAAAAACACCUGUUCUUCCCUUGUUGUAAAAAAUAAAAUAAGUUCUGAAAAAGUUCAUGCGUAAAAAAACCUGCCCAAAAUGUGAAGCGUGGUUGACUGAUGUCCACAAUAGAAAGAAUAAAAUGUUUGUCUCUCU